UCAGAAUUUAUUUGCAUUUCUGAUUUCUGCGAAGCCGAGCUCUCGUAGGGUUGUUAAAUUUUUCACAGGGAGUUUGAACACUUUUCUUUUGUAAAUUUCAUUAAUUCUGUGAUAGAAAGCUGAAAACGUUUUAAUUUUGCCCAGCAUCCAGUUCGCGCAUGCUCGUGUGACUGCGAGAAAGAACUCCCCCGACCAUGCUGCCAACGUGGAGGAUCACGUUUGCCUUUAUUUCAUUUUCAUUAUUUUAUUUUGUCUCCGCCGUGGAUAGGGGGAAUUUUAAAACCUGCAAUGAUGCACGGUUUUGCAGGAAACAUCGAGCUUUGAAAUCCGAUGAAUUUGUUCAUGAAUUAUUGAUCGACACAUUGCAGCUGUCGUCCGACGGCUCCACGGUGUCGGCCACCGUCAGGAAUGUUCAAAAUAAUGAGGAUUUAUUAUUGGAAAUAUUUGCCUUGAAAGAUAGGAGUAUGCGGUUUAAGAUCAACGAGAAAACUCCCAGCCGAAAACGUUACGAAGUGGAUAUGAGUUUGGAUCAAACACCUGCGUUAUCAACGCUUAGCAUGGCCCAUAAACACGGACAGGUCCAGAUCACCCUGCCGGAUUCCCUCCAUAUAACUGUCACACCGAAACCCUUCCGAAUUGAUAUUUAUGAAGAAGGAACGAUUCUCGUCACACUGAAUUCCGCCAAUCUCUUCCUAAUGGAAGCGAUGAAACCGCGACCGAGUAAAUUUCACCGGUUUGUUUCUUGGAUUUCUAGCUUAGUGCCUGAGCCGGAUAAGCCGGUGGAGGAGCACGAAGAAGUGGAUCAGGAGCAUGAGAAUCCUGAUGAACAGGCACAACAACAGGCUGAUGAGCAUAAGGAAGAAGAGCCAAAAGAACAAAAACAGGAUGAACCUUGGGAAGAAAGCUUCAAGGGCCACACCGACACUCGACCGUUCGGCGGACAGUCCCUGGGUAUGGAUAUCUCUUUUAUUGGUUUUGACAACCUGUAUGGUGUUCCGGAACAUGCUGAUACGUUGCGGUUAAAAUCGACGAAACAGAGUGGCGAUCCGUAUCGCCUAUACAAUUUGGAUGUUUUUGAAUAUGAACUGUGGAACGGCAUGGCGCUCUACGGAGCGAUUCCGUUUAUUAUGGCUCACAAUGAGAAGAACACAGUGGGCGUAUUCUGGAAUAACGCUGCGGAAACGUGGAUAGAUGUGGAUUAUACAACUGCGUCGCAUGGCGGCUCAACACUGUUCGGUGCCGCAUCGACGCCCAAGGCCGACACCCACUGGAUCUCGGAAGCGGGCAUCGUGGAUUUGUUUGUGUUUAUGGGUCCGCGGCCGGCGGAUGUGUCGCGGCAGUUCACGCAGAUUGUCGGUCAUCCCUUCCUUCCGCCCUUUGCGACGCUGGGCUACCAUCAGAGUCGCUGGAAUUAUAACGAUCAAAAGGAUGUUCAUCAGGUCCACGAGAACUUUGACGAGAACGACAUCCCCAUGGACGUGAUCUGGCUGGACAUUGAGUACACGGACGGCAAACGCUACUUCACCUGGGAUUCCCCGAAAUUUCCCAAUCCCACGGAAAUGUUCAAAAAUUUGACCGCUAAGGGCCGCCAUUUGGUCCUCAUCUCCGAUCCGCAUUUCAAGAAGGACGACGACUAUUUCGCCUACAAGGAGAUGUUGAAUAAGGACUUCUACGUGAAAACCAAGGAUAAACGCCCAUACGAAGGAUGGUGUUGGCCGGGGGCGUCCUAUUACCCGGACUUUUUGAACCCGGAGGUGCGCGAAUACUACGCCGGUCUGUACAGCCGGGAGACGUUCAAGGACGCCUGGACGUGGAACGAUAUGAAUGAGCCGUCGGUGUUCAACGGACCGGAAGUGACUAUGUUCAAGGAUAAUCUACAUUAUGAAGAUCGCGAGCACCGGGAGAUUCAUAAUAUCUAUGGCAUGUCGCAUUUGCUGGCCACAUUUGACGGGCAUUUGAAGCGGUCGGAUUUUAAGUUGCGGCCCUUCAUUCUGACGCGGUCGUUUUUUGCUGGAGCGCAGAGACUAGCCGCUGCUUGGACGGGCGACAACACGGCGGAUUGGGGCCAUUUGAAGGUCACCAACCCGAUGCUGUUGUCGUUAUCCUUGUCCGGAAUGACGUUUGUCGGUGCCGAUGUGGGAGGAUUUUUCCGCAAUCCGGAAGCGCAUCUGUUGGUUCGCUGGUAUCAGGCGGCAGCAUUCCAGCCGUUUUUCCGCGCGCAUGCCCACAUUGACACGCGCCGACGCGAGCCGUGGCUGUUUGAACAGCAGUCCAUGCUGAUGAUCCGCGACGCCAUCCGGGCGCGCUACACCUUUCUGCCCUACUGGUAUACUCUCUUCUAUCAGGCCAACCAGACGGGGUUACCACCGAUGCGACCGCUCUUCUAUGAAUUUCCUGCCGAUCAUAGUACUUUUGCCAUGGAAAAUGAAUAUUUAAUCGGUGAUGCUUUGCUUGUCCACCCGGUAACCGAAGAGAAUGCCAAGUCUGUGGAAAUGUAUUUCCCUGGCGAUAAGACUGAAGUAUGGUACGAUAUCACAUCUCUGGAAACGUAUCGUGGCGGAAUGAAAGUCAAUCUGGAUACCCCUAUGCAUAAAGUGCCGCUGUUUCAACGCGGUGGAACAAUAAUUCCCCGGCGUUUCCGUACCCGUCGCAGUGCCAUUCUGGCCAUCGAAGAUCCCAUCACAUUAUCCAUUGCGAUGAAUGAUAAAAAUACUGGAAAAGGAUUGUUGUACUUGGAUGACGGGACCACACGCGACCAUCUGCAAGGCGAAUUCGUGUAUAUGGAAUUCACACUGGAGAAUAACAUUCUCAAAUCCAAGAUUUUGCACUCUGCGAACAAGUACAAGACACGUGUCUGGCUGGAGCGUGUCUUCAUAACCGGCUGGAAAUUCCGUCCCAGUAGUAUCGAAAUCCACGAGCUGCCGCGCGGCGAAAAGAGCCAGCUGGAGUUCUUCUUUGACGAGAAGCACAACAUUUUGACCGUGCGCAAACCGGCCGUUAAUUUAUCCAAAGAAUGGGCCAUGGUCAUUCGGCCGUGAGACCCGGACAGUGUUUCGCAAUGAAUACUGGAAUGUGCCACAGGGAGCACAGGGAUCUGUAUUGGUUGUUGCAGUUAUUCGGACGCGGUGUUUUUCAGGCAUUUUCUUUGAUUCGCUUUCUCAUUUUGUGAUCACAGCGUUGGAUUUGCGACCGUUGUUUGUUCGUCGCUGUCGUUUUGAGGUUCUUGAUCGGACUGUUCACGAUUCCAUGGAGAUGUGUUUGGUUUCUGGUUUUUGAUUUUGUAUCUUUUAACUUAAAUAAAACGUUGUUUGUUG